AUGAGUUCUGACGCCUCGUCUCUUCCCCCCGUAUGCCCUCUGAGCCUCGUGCGUGCUUCCCAGGGGCAAGAGAAAGACAGCCCCCACACAGCCGCUGGAGCAGCGGACGAGGAAGAGCUGCAUGCAUCCGGAUGGGCUCACGUAGAAGAAGGAUCAGACUGGCUCGUUCAUGGUGCUAGCGGCUGGCUUUGCAACCCAGCAGAAAAGGUCUUCUUCCACGCCGAGAAGCACCUUCUUGUCCCCGCAGAGCUUGCAGACGCAAGCGAAUCCGAUGCAGCAGAGCGCGCAGGAGGGGGAUCGGCACAAGCAGCGGUGCUACUGCGGCCUACUGUGGGAGCAACGGACGCCUCCCCGGAGGUUUCUGGGGGACGGUGCAGCGGGGAUAGCGAGGAGGAUGCAGGCAUCAGUCUUGAAGAGUUGCAGGAGCUGGAGGAGGAGGAGGAAGGGGAGCCAAGGGAGUCAGACGAGGAUUCUGACUUGAUGCUCGAUUUAGAAGACGACCUUGAUGCAGGCACCGCGCAGACGAAGGGUACAGCAGAGGGCAAGGACGAGUGCGAAGACCGCUAUGUCACGCGCAAAGGUCUCCCUCUGGGGAUCGUGGCUGGCAGCUCCGAAGGGCUGUGCUACUUCUCUGCAGUUUACGAUGGACAUGCCGGAUCGGACUGCGCAGAAUACGCCGCUUCGCAUCUGCACAAGAACCUGUUGAGCUGCUAUCGUCAAAUACACCGGACGGUGGAGCGACGGAGGCAAGAAGAGGCCCUCAGGCACGGCGGAAAGAGACGGAAACAGCAGCACGCCUCCCAGUGGCUGCAGCAGCUGAAUCUCUCGACGGAGGCUCUACGACAUGAGGAGCGCAGGCUGUCUGUCGAGGUGGAGGCCUUAGUGAGAAGCUGUUUCAGUGCCUUCUCGCUCACGGAUAAAAACUACCUCGGUCGUGCAUCCAGCUCCCUUGCAAAGAAUGCCGGCACAACCGCCUGUCUUGCGAUCUUCUUUGGUCCGGAUGACUCUGGGGUGCUACAACUAAUUACAGCGCAUGCAGGAGACUCCAGGGCAGUGUUGUGUCGAGACGGGGAGGCUAUUCGGCUGACGGAAGAUCAUAAACCGAAUUCUCCUGCCGAAAGGAAGCGUAUUGAGAAAGCAGGGGGUCAAGUGAUGCAGAUUCAAGGGGUGUGGCGUGUCAUGGCCUCAGACCAACGAGGAGGACGUACAGUGGGGCUAGCGACGGCUCGAGCGCUGGGAGACUCCGCAUUGAAGAGGCCUAAGCCUCUUGUCAUCAGCAAUCCAACCGUUCACGUGCACACCCUUCACUUUGAUCGGGAUGCCUUCCUUGUGUUGGCAUCAGACGGCAUUUUCGACGUCCUGUCGGAUGAAGAAGUGGUGAAGCUGAUCUUCUCUCGUCUUCCACGAACGCCUGCAGAGGCAUCGCAGUUGGUGGUAGAUGAAGCAGUUGCACGCGGAGGGACGGACGACAAGACGUGCACGGUGAUCUACUUCAGAUGGCGGAAAGACCUUUUUCCCCCCUCGGAGGAGACGGAAGAUGUCGGAGAGCAGCUUCACGAGGAGGCCGAGGAAGCCUUCCAGCAGAUUUUGCCACAGCAGGCUGCAGGAAGCCUCGCGCGAUCGGAGGCUGCCGAGCAGAUCCACGCAUUCGACGCUGCACCUCCCUCCUCGCCACCUGGCCAGCUAGCCAGUAGGCAGCCUCUGUCAGAAGCAGCAGAAGGGCCUUGCGCGGCUGUUCCUGCGGGGCAGAGAGGCGGUGGAGGUGUCGCUGCAGAAGAACGCUGCAGCGGGGACGCUAGCAGCGACAAGAGAGAUCCGCGCGUUGGCACAGGGGCAGUCGAGGAGGAUGAAAAAGACUGCGGGGCGGCUGCAGCAGCCAGGGCAGACGAAGCAGAAAGGGGCCUUAUCGCGGUAGUCUGCGCCGCAACUGAGGCUGCAGAAGAAAGGAAGGGAAGGGGCUUGCGCAGCGGCGGGUUAGAGGAAAUUGCCGCUGUCAAGGUGUCUCUAGAUGUGGAGGCCUUUAUCAGAAAACGAAAGCGGGAGCAGCAAAUGGAAGCAGAGGCGACGGCAGCAGCGGCGGCUGCGGAGGCAGAAGCAGAAGAUGACUUUGAUAUUUUUGGCGGAGGGAGUCCGCCAAAAUCUCCUAACCUCCCUGAGGCACCAGUGGAGGGCGUAGAUAGCGACUGA